GAAGUGGGAGCUGUCGGCACACUUCCUAGACACGGAUCAACCGGUCAUUCAACCCGUACUGUAUCUGACUCCCAAGGGUCGUUGGUUGUUCAUUGAGUGAAACUCUUUCUUAUCUCGAGCUGUUUAUGAUUGUCGGAUUGCUGCACAGGCUUUCGGAGAAACUUCCACGCGUUGUGCACAGGAUCAGUGCGAUGGUGAAGCCGCAGGUUGUGUUUGUUUUGGGCGGGCCUGGCGCGGGGAAAGGGACACAAUGCGCGAGAAUCGUGGAGACCUACAGCUAUACUCACCUGUCUGCCGGAGACCUCCUGAGAGAGGAACGCAGCCGCAAGGAGUCCAAGUUCGGUCAGCUCAUUGACAACUACAUCAAAGAGGGAAAAAUCGUUCCGGUGGAAAUCACCAUCAACUUAUUGAAAAAGGCAAUGGACGAGACGAUGAAAGUAGAUGAGAAAAGGUUCCGCUUUCUUAUCGACGGUUUCCCUCGUAACGAAGACAACCUGCGGGGAUGGAACAAUGUCAUGGAUGGAAAAGCAAAUGUUAAAUUUGUUCUUUUCUUUGAUUGCAGCAACGAGGUGUGCAUUGACAGAUGUUUAGAGCGGGGCAAGAGCAGCGGACGCACUGACGAUAACAGAGAAAGUUUAGAGAAAAGGAUCCAGACAUAUCUCCAAUCCACACGGCCUAUUAUAAAGCAGUAUGAGCAGCAGGGGAAGGUGCACACCAUCGAUGCCUCACGCUCGGUCGAUGAGGUGUUUGCAGAUGUAAAGAAAAUCUUCGGUAAAGAAGGUUAAAGCUGCGUGUCCACAGCCAAAACCAUGACAUUUUUUUAUUUAAAUUCUGUUUAUUGAUGUUGGCAGUGCUCCACCUUCUACAUGUAUCAAUAUAUACAUUUUUACUCAUUCAAUAGUAAUAUAGGAUUUUUUAAACAUGGGGUUGUGUGUGUAUAUAUAUGUGUUUGUAGGGUUGAAAGGUAAACAUGUUGUUUAGCCAAUGAUUUAAACUUCUAUUACACUGAGGAGGAACAAUAUUUAAGUAGACUCAAAUAAGUUUCAGCAAUAAACAUUCAGUGCACUUCUAUAGGAGCAGUACAUGCCUACUCUUAAGUUGAAGACAGUCUUACUUGGCAUAUGUGUUAGAUCUGUUUGAGAAAUGUUUGGCAAAAAUUACCAUCAAGUGCAUAAAACGGGAUAAAAAAGAUAAAUAUGUUCCAUUCGGUUCUGUGUGUGGCUGCAUUUAUGUUUUAUAUAUGACACCUUUCUGUAUGCAAAUGAGCAAUUAUAAAUGACCAAUAGGAAAUUUUAGUAAGUUGACAGUUGUUUUAUCAUAUUAGGCAAAAUGUAAGCGUUUGUUUUGUAUAAUAAUUCUAAACUGGGUCUGAGGCCACCCAAGAAUAGAAAAUGGAGAUUUAGCUGUAAAUCUUUUGUCAUGUUUUGACAACUGUAUUCUGGACACUUGUGGUCUCUGCUCAGGUGAUACAUUUUAAGAUGUGGGGGCUUGUGCUUUUACUUGAUUGUUUCAGCAUAUUUGGGGUCACUCAUUUAUAAAUGAACUGCCUUCAUGUCAUAUUGAUAUGACCUUUCUGCAUUAAAACUGUGUUCAGUGUU